CUGAGAGGCGAGGGUACCGCUUUGGGCUGAAGGAUUGACUCAUAAUGAGUAGACGAGGCUGGGGAGAAGCUCCACUAACGCCGCUGUAAAUAUAUCCAUCAUUUACUGAGGCCGGAGAAACAUGGAGAACCAGUGCACAGUGCAGGUAAAGCUAGAGUUGGGCCACAGAGCUCAGCUAAGGAAGAAAGUGACAUCGGAAGGCUUCACCCACGACUGGAUGGUGUUUGUCCGAGGCCCAGAGACUGGUGACAUCCAGCAUUUUGUAGAGAAGGUUGUCUUCCGCCUGCAUGAAAGCUUCCCCAAACCCAAGAGAGGAGGAGCCCAAAAAGGUGUGUUUCAAUUAUGACCUUUUCCUUAACUUGGAGGGGAACCCACCAGUCAACCAUCUGCACUGUGAGAAGCUCACCUUCAACAACCCCACCAAAGAAUUCAGGAGAAAGCUGAUCAAAGCUGGAGGGGUGAGGCUCCCUGACACUCUGGCUGAUUG